CAAUGAAAAUUAACUCAUCGUAAUGGUGGUGUGAUUGUAGUAAACGAUUGACUGAAUGCUUCUAUUUUUAUUAGUAUUUUGUAGAUAAUUAUUAUUAAGCGUACUAAAAUAGUGUUGAGGCUGCGGCCCUAUCAUGCUUUAUGUCGCAAUCAGCUAAAAUAACAGUUUUGGCAGAAGAAGGUGGAAAUCAGGGUAGAAAACGUACACAUAACAGCGACCUGUGUUCUAAAACAGACGAUAUGAGUGCUAGUGAAAAGAAAUCGAACUUUUCUAUGUUGACUACGAAUUCCAAUGGAGCCGUUAAGACGACGUUGCCAUCGAUGCAGUCCAAGCCCGGAGCGACGACGAAGAAGUUGAUAAUUAAGAAUUUUAAAAGCAAGCCAAAGUUGCCGGAGAACUACCAGGAGACGACAUGGAGCAAGCUGCGGGAGGCCGUGGUGGCGAUCCAGACGUCGACGGCCAUCGCCUACUCGCUGGAGGAGCUAUACCAGGCGGUGGAGAAUAUGUGCAGCCACAAGAUGGCAUCCCAACUAUAUGUAAACCUAACAAACCUCGUAGAAGCGCACGUGAAAGCGAACAUCGAACAGUUCCUCUCUGAGAGCAUGGACCGCCAGGUGUUCCUCAAGCGCAUGGACGACUGCUGGCGGGCGCACUGCCGACAGAUGAUCAUGAUCCGGAGCAUCUUCCUUUAUCUAGAUAGAACUUAUGUUUUGCAAAAUCCUAGUAUACAUUCAAUUUGGGACAUGGGUCUAGACCUAUUCCGUCACCACAUUGCCAUGAACACCCUGAUACAAACCCGCACAGUCGACGGCCUGUUGUUGCUGAUCGAGCGCGAGCGAGGUGGUGAUGCAGUGGACAUCUCGCUGCUCAAGAGUCUGCUGCGGAUGCUGUCAGACCUGCAGAUAUACCAGGACGCGUUCGAACACAAGUUCCUCCAAGCCACAGAGCGUCUAUACGCCGCAGAAGGCCAACGCCUUGUGCGUGAGCUCGCCGUACCUUCGUACUUAGCCCAUGUCGAGAAACGACUGCGAGAGGAGAACGAACGGCUGUUACACUAUUUGGACCCCUCUACCAAAUGGCAACUAAUACACACAAUAGAACGUAUGCUACUCAGCGAACACUUAACCGCUAUCCUCAGUAAAGGCCUGGAGACUCUCAUGGACGGUCCAAGACACUCCGAUCUUACCACCCUGUAUAAUCUGUUCAGCCGAGUCAAGGAUGGCUUAAAUGAGCUCUGUAGCCACUUCAAUGCUUAUAUUAAGAAAAAAGGUCGCACUAUAGUGAUCGAGCCUGAACGGGAUAAGAGCAUGGUGGCCGAGCUCCUCGACUUCAAGGAGCAGCUCGACCAUGUGGUGCUCACGUGCUUCCAGAGGAACGACAAGUUCCUGUACUCCAUGCGGGAGGCCUUCGAGUUCUUCAUCAACCAGCGGCAGAACAAGCCCGCUGAACUUAUUGCCAAGUUUGUGGACGUGAAACUGCGCGCGGGCAACAAGGAAGCGACGGAGGAGGAACUAGAGAGGCUGCUGGACAAGAUCAUGGUGCUGUUCCGGUUCAUCCACGGCAAGGAUGUGUUCGAGGCGUUCUACAAGAAGGACUUGGCCAAGAGGUUAGUACUACUACUGAAACUACACGCGGGCAACAAGGAAGCGACGGAAGAGAAACUGGAGAGGCUGCUGGACAAGAUCAUGGUGCUGUUCCGGUUCAUCCAUGGCAAGGAUGUGUUCGAGGCGUUCUACAAGAAGGACUUGGCCAAGAGGUUAGUACUACUACUGAAACUACACGCCGGCAACAAGGAGGCGACGGAGGAGGAACUAGAGAGGCUGCUGGACAAGAUCAUGGUGCUGUUCCGGUUCAUCCACGGCAAGGAUGUGUUCGAGGCAUUCUACAAGAAGGACUUGGCCAAGAGGUUAGUACUACUACUGAAACUACACGCCGGCAACAAGGAGGUGACGGAGGAGGAACUAGAGAGGUUGCUGGACAAGAUCAUGGUGCUGUUCCGGUUCAUCCAUGGCAAGGAUGUGUUCGAGGCGUUCUACAAGAAGGACUUGGCCAAGAGGUUGUUGGUUGGUAAAUCAGCUUCAGUGGACGCCGAGAAGUCGAUGCUGAGCAAACUGAAGCAAGAGUGUGGUGGCGGCUUCACGUGCAAGUUGGAGGGCAUGUUCAAAGAUAUGGAGCUGUCUAAGGAUAUCAAUAUUACAUAUAAACAGCACCUAGCGGGCACCCCGGACAACAGCGGGCUGGAGCUGUCGGUGUACAUCCUCACCAUGGGGUUCUGGCCCACGUACGGCACGGCGGAGGCGCGGCUGCCGGCGGCGCUGACGCGGCAGCAGGACCACUUCACCAAGUUCUACCUCGGCAAGCACUCCGGCCGCAAGCUCACGUGGCAGCCCAUGCUGGGGCACUGUGUGCUCAGGGCGCAUUUCGCACAGGGUAACAAAGAAUUACAAGUAUCACUGUUCCAAGCUCUAGUACUGCUACUUUUCAAUGAAGGCGACAACUUGUCUUUCGAAGAAAUCAAAGCGGCUACAAAUAUUGAGGAAGGCGAGCUCCGGCGGACGUUACAAUCCCUAGCUUGUGGCAAGGCGCGCGUGCUCAGCAAGGCGCCGCGCGGCCGGGAAGUCAAAGACAACGACCACUUCGCCUUUAAUAACGACUUCACCAACAAGCUGUUCCGCAUCAAGAUCAACCAGAUACAGAUGAAGGAGACGAGCGAAGAGCAGAAGGCGACAGAAGAGCGCGUGUUCCAGGACCGGCAGUACCAGAUCGACGCGGCCAUCGUGCGCGUCAUGAAGAUGCGCAAGGCGCUCAGCCACAACCUGCUCAUCUCCGAGCUCUACAACCAGCUCAAGUUCCCCGUCAAGCCCGCAGACCUGAAGAAACGCAUCGAGUCGCUGAUCGACCGCGACUACAUGGAGCGCGACAAGGACAACCCCAACCAGUACAACUACGUCGCGUAACACGCGACACCACGCUUAUUUAUUAGUAUUUAUUUACAAGCACGGUGGACGGGGACAUGUGAGGACGGCUACUGCGGAUAUCGAUAUUCGAAUAUGUUUAUCUCUAUCGCACUAGCGACGGAGACGCAGAUAAAGUAAAGCCAACGUAACGAGAUAAAGAAUUUAAACAAUCUUUCAGGAGCUUAGUGCUUGUGCACAAAUCACG